ACCUUAUCAUCUCUCAAAGUACGUUUCAACUUUCAACUACAGAGUCAACAACCAUGGCCGACGCUCUCAUCUCCAUUGUUGUGGAACAGCUGAUCAACAUCCUGACGCACCAAGCCCAGGAGCUAAAAAGAACUUUGGGUGUGGAGAAGGAGAUCAAAAACCUAUCAUCAAAGCUCGAGAAAAUCAGGGAGGUAUUGGAUGAUGCAGAAAAGAAAAGCUUUACGGAAGAGGGCAUCAAGCUCUGGAUCGAAGAUAUCAAAAACUUCUCCUACGAAGUGGACGAUGUUCUUGACGAGUGGAGAACCAGAAGUCUGAGACAACAGAUUGAGAGUUCAGCUCCAGAAAGCAGCUGCAGCUCUUUCCUGCCUUCGUGUAUCCAAUUCAAAAGGUUUGAUAUGCAUCGAGACAUCGCCAAGAAAAUAAAGGAGCUUGAUUCAACACUUGAUCGGAUUACGAAAGAGAAAGAUCAGUUCAAAUUCAACACUUGUGCUGCAUCACACUCUGAUCAAGAAUCGAAACGAGUCACCACUACGUUUGAUGUGGAUGUGUCAGAGAUUCAAGGUAGGAAAUCCGAUGCCAGUGCUUUAAUAAGCAAGUUAGUGGAGAAUUCUGGAGAAGAAGAAGCAAGAAAUGGUCCCCCUGUGAUUUCCAUAGUGGGGGCGGGAGGGAUAGGGAAAACUACCCUUGCUCUACUAGUCUUUGAGGAUGAACAGAUCAAGACUCAUUUUGGGGAUGAAAGGGUGUGGAUUUGUGUUUCCGACCCUUUUGACCAGAUCAAGAUUGCAAAAGCCAUUGUUGAGUCAAUCACUAAAAGCUCCACGGAUCUGUCCCAACUCCAACUGUUACUGGAAAAGAUCAAAAGCACUUUGUGUGGGAAAAGGUUCCUACUUGUGAUGGAUGAUGUGUGGACAGAGCAGUAUGCAAAGUGGGAGCCAUUGAAGAACUCUCUCAAGGGUGGACUCCCCGGGAGUAGAAUCUUGGUGACCUCUAGGAAUGAGAGGGUUGCUAGAAUGAUGGGAAGUGUGCAUGUGCAUCCGUUGCAUCUAAUAUCUGACUCGGAAGCUUGGUUGUUGCUUAGCAGGAUAGCAUUUUCCGGGAGAAGGAAAGAGGAUUGUGAGGAACUGAAAGAUAUUGGUCAAAAAAUUGCUCAAAGGUGCAAAGGACUGCCCCUUGCUGCUAGGGUCAUGGGAAGCCUGCUAUUUUUCAAAGACACAAGAGAUGGUUGGCAAAAUGUUUUAAACAAUAAAAUUUGGGAGUUGGAGGAAGUGGUAACAGAACUCUUCCCUCAUUUGUAUCUAGGCUACAAUGAUUUGAACCCAAAGAUGAAGCAAUGUUUCUCAUACUGUGCUGUCUUUUCCAAAGAUUAUGAAAUAAAGGUAGAUAUGCUCAUCAGAAUUUGGAUGGCACAAGGUUAUGUGACCAUGGAAUCAGAAGGCAGGGAGUUAUUUGGGGUUUUAGCAAUGCGUUCUUUCUUCCAAGAUUUGGAGAAAGAUGACAUGGAUUCCAACAUUAUCAUAUCUUGCAAAAUGCAUGACAUAGUGCAUGAUUUUGCCCAGUUUCUUACAAAAAAUGAAUGCUAUAGUAUUGACCAACAGGAGGAUAAGGUCGGAUUUACAAAUCUACGUCAUCUGUCAUGGCUGAACACUACUAUGAAUAUGAAUUUCCCUUCCAUUUGUGAUAUUGAAAAACUUCGCAGCUUUUUUGUUGUAGGCUUUUCUCCCGUACAACUUACUCCUAAUUUGUUCAAUGGUCUGAAAUCUGUGAGAGUAUUAGGAUUGCAUGGCUGGAAGUUGCAAGAACUCCCAAAGGAGAUAGGAAAUCUGCUUCAUCUAAGGUACAUUGAUUUAAGUUGGAGCAAGGUAGAGGAGUUACCUGAUGCAGUUUGUUCAUUAUAUAACUUGCAAACUUUAGAUCUUAGAAGAUGUAUGAGUUUUUCUAGGCUGCCGAAAAGGAUUGGAAAUUUGCGUCAGCUAAGGUACAUUGAUUUAAGUCUGAGCAAAGUAGAGGAGUUACCUGAUACAAUUCACUCUUUAUUUAGUUUGCAAACUUUAGAUCUUGAAGGAUGUGAGCAAUUUUCUAGACUGCCUGAUAAGAUUGGAGAUUUGAGUCAGCUAAGAUACAUUAAUUUAAGUGAGAGCAAAGUAGAGAAGUUACCCGAUACAAUUUGUUCUUUGGAGAAUUUGCGAACUUUAGUUCUCAAAAAAUGUGAGCGUCUUUCUAGACUACCUGAAGGGAUUGGAAAUUUGGUUGAGUUAAGGUACAUUAAUUUAAAUGAUUGUGAAAAUGUGGAAGAGUUACCCAAAGGGAUUGGCAAUUUGAUAAACUUGAGACACCUUGACAUCAGAGGCACCAAGAGGCUAGAGAUGAUGCCCCAAGGUAUGGCAAAGCUAACUCAGCUUUGUAGUUUAAGUGAGUUUAAGGUGGGGAAAGAGUCAAGUAAGUUGGGAUACAUGGAGAAGCUGAACCAACUCAAAGGGGAGCUAUCCAUAUUUUUUUUGUGCGAUCUGAAUAGCCCAGCAGAUGUGGAGGAAGCAAAGAAAGCAGAAUUGAGAAAGAAGAAGCACAUUAAAGAAUUGCAUUUGCAUUUCAGUCCUGGAGUCGAUGUGGGAAUAGAUGUGAUAGAAGCUCUGAAACCACCUCCGGAACUGCAAAAUUUGGAACUUAAUGGGUACGGAGGAAUCCACUUCCCUUCCUGGAUUACACUGUCCCUUCAUAAUCUACAGAUUCUUAAAAUCUGGGGGUGCGAAAAUUGUCCAUCUUUGCCUCCAUUAGGCAAACUGCCUUCCCUGGAGACUCUUAUCAUAUUCUACAUGAAAAAGCUAAGAUAUGUAGGGAGUGAGUUUUUGGGAGUAGCAGAAGUAGGUGGUGUUGCUUUUCCAAAGCUGAAGGAAUUGGAGUUCACAUGGUGUGAGGAGUUGGAGGAGUGGGAAGAUUUCAAAGAAGAAGCAACAAUAAUAAUAAUGCCAUGCAUCAGGGAGUUGGAACUAAGUUAUUGCAGGAAACUUAAGACAGUGCCACAUCACCUCUUAAGUAGGCUGGAGUCUUUGAAGAUCAAUGACUGUCCGGGAUUACACUGUCCCUUCAUAAUCUAAGGAUUCUUAAAAUCCGGAUGUGCAGAAAUUGUUCAUCAUUGCCUCCAUUAGGCAAACUGCCAUCUCUGGAGACUCUUUCCAUAUGGAGCAUGAGAGAGCUAAGAUAUGUAGGGAGAGAGUUUUUGGGAGUAACAGAAGUAGGUGGUGUUGCUUUUCCAAAGCUGAAGGAAUUGGAGUUCUACGACUGUCGAGAGUGGGAGGAGUGGGAAGACUUGAAAGAAGAAGCAACAACAAUAAUAAUGCCAUGCAUCAAGGAGUUGGAACUAGAUGAUUGCAGGAAACUUAAGACAGUGCCACAUCACCUAUUAAGUAGGCUGGAGUCUUUGAAGAUAAAAGAUUGUCCGAGUCUCAAAGUUGAAUAGAUCGAGUGAAAUAUGUGACACUCCACAUGCCGAUCAGGUGUCAAAUGUAGGUACUACAAGAAAAUUGUUUUUUCUUUUUUAAAUCAUCAUAAAAGAUUUACCGUACUUGGUGUGAGAUUUCUUAUUGCGACCUUUCAUUAUUUCUU